AUGUAUGAACAGAUUCCAAUAGAAAGUGGCACAUUUCCACUCUUAAAUGUACUUCAGGAGAGUACUGAUAACGAAACAAUGAAUAAUUCUACAUCAAUAGAUCCAUCAGUGGAGGCAACAUUGUUGGGAGCCAAAUUGGGAACCUUAUUUGGCUUGCUAAUUGGCAGCUUUCUCAUUUCAUUGGUUCCUAUACUAUUUUCGAGAGUGAAAUAUUUUAAAAAGAGAAUUAAUUCAGGAUAUAUAAGCAUUGCCAUUGAUCAAUGUAAUGGGUUUGCAGGAGGAGUUUUAUUGAGUGUUGGUAUUUUACACAUGAUGGCUGAAGGUGGAGAGUUAAUCUCAGAGGGAUUGGAAAGUUUGGGAGAUAGUAGAAGUUCUGCCUAUCCAAUAGGGCCUCUUACAAUGUGUCUUGCAUUUUUGGUGUUGUACGGAUUGGAAUUUGUCUUGUUGGCAUUCUUAUCGAAAUGGUUUAAGGCAGGCGAACAUGACCAUGGCCACUCUCAUGGUCAUUCCCACGGACACUCUCAUUCACACAGUAAUUGUGAUCAUUCACAUGGUCAUGACCAUAAGGAGCAUCAAACACUUACAUCCAAUGGAGCUAAAUCCCCACCACCUUCAAUAUCAACAAUUGGUUGUGUGGAUGAAAUUGAAAUGGUUAAACCUCAUAAGGAAGAAACACCAAGCUCACCUGUUGAUAGUGAUGACAUUGAAGUUAAAAAUGAAGAGGAGGGUGAUUUGGAAAACCCAGAAACACCACAAAUUGAAAAGACAACCACCAAUGAACCAACCGUAUGUGAUCAACAUCAUGUGCAUCAUGAACAUGGUCACGGUCAUGGAGACCAUACAGGAUGUGCUCACCAUGAAGCUACUCAAAUGUUAUUUGAAACUAAUCACAAAUCUGGUGUUCCUCUCGUACUUACAGCUAUAGUUUUAUGGUUGGCUUUAUCAACUCACAGUAUUUUCAUUGGAUUGGGUUUUGGUGCUGAAACUGAUUUGGGAAAUAUGUGGAGUAUCUUUGCUGCCAUUGUGGCGCACCAAUUUAUUGAAGCAUUCUCUUUGGGAGCUAUUGUUGAAAAGGGCUGUAAGAAUAUUUUCGUUGCUCUGGCUCUUUUAUUCUUAUAUGCUGCUUCUGUUCCUGUUGGUAUUGCAAUUGGUUUGAUUAUUAUUCAUUCAGUCCAAAAUGAACAAGCACUAGAAAAUAACAGCUGGAAAGUUGCUCAAGGUACACUUUUAUCUAUUGCAGCUGGAGCAUUCUUAUAUGUUGCUUUGAUGGAAAUUGCAAUCCAUCAACCUAAGAAUAAGUUUUUAAAGUUGUCUAGAUUCAUUCUUAUGGCACUCGGUUUUGCAUCUAUGGCAAUUAUUGCUAUUUGGGCCUAA